AUGUGCAUGGAUGGUAUCGACGCUUGCUUCGCUGGGCUGCCACUUUUCGGCGAGUUGCCAAGCGGUUGGAGGAGACUGGAACUUGACUAUGAGAUGGAAGCGAGCCCGCGCAAUCUGAUGCUGGUGCCGCCAAUUUGCACUGCAACUGUCUAUUACUCUGGUCGAGCCGUUGUCCCUGUGGAGUACUUGAAGAAGAGAGUGCGGGAGAUAGUUCGAGCUAAUCCUUGGCUUGGUGGCCGCUUGCGGAAGGGCUUUGGGCGCCCAUUCUUGGCAAUCCCCAAAUCUCCGAUGGAGGAUCACUUUGUGGAAUGCAAAGAUGCUUUGUCUAUCAAUCCUGGGAUGUGCUUCCGUGACCUGGUGGGCCACGUGCAGAUGUCGUCGGCUACACUGAAGUGUGGACUGGCUUGCCUGAAUCGCAACGAGCAGCUGUUCAGGGUCGCUGUGCUUCCGGCCCAACCAGACCAUUUCUUGCUGGUGGUUUCUUUAAAUCAUACCAUUGGUGACGGCUUCACCUUCUACAAGCUCUGUGGAAUGCUCGACUCAGCAGCAUCGGUGGUUGGCAUGAAUCCUUGCCGUCAAGUUGGCUUUGCAAAGUUGGCGACACAACAUGUUGGACCUGAGCACUUUAACUGGCUAACAAGUUGCCCAACUGUACUGGGCUCAUUGCGAAGCUUCUGCCUGUGGCAUCCACCAGCGCCGCAAGCACGCUUGGUCGACCGAAAAAAGAUACUUGAGUUGAGACCAGAAUCAUCCGUGGAUGUCUCAACAAAUGACAUCCUAACAUCUCACCUGUUGCUGAAAUCGCGAUUUGGAUAUGGUUAUAUGUCCAUUAACCUGCGGAAUCGUGGCUUGGGCCCAAGUGACUCAAAUGCGGGCAACUACAUUCACCGGGUUCAUCUCGCUCCUCCUGACUUUUCACACCCUGCGGGCAUUCGAAAAUCAAUCGCUGGCAGCGUAUUUUGUGGGCAGAACAAGCCUCCUGGCGUUUGCGAGUCUAUUUGUUUGCGACAUGGCUUGGUCAGCAACUGGUCCAAGUUCUUCCAAGAAGUCUCCUUGCCCGAUUGUUCUCAUGUUUCGCACAUGCCAAUCUUGCCUCAUCCCCUGCCGGGCUUCGGAUUGAUCUUGAUUUUCAAGCCAAACAGGGACCAGUUGGCCGUGUACUACACCAUGCGACACAAGGAAGCUUUCCAAGAUGCGUUGAUCUUGAAGUUCACCUUGGAGCCUACGGAUGAUAUUGGAAAGUCUUUGCAACAGGCGCGCUCUGGAGUUGGGCGCUUCGAAGUUCCUGGGCAGCCAAUGUAUAUUCUGCGUCCAGGGGCCACAGAAGAUCAGGGCUGGCUGUGGAUCAUGGGCUUGCCAGAGGAUCUCGUACGCCGCAUUAAAAAGUCUUUACAAAGAGCAGAGGAGCUCCAGGCAAACUUGGGAGGAAGCAGCAAGGUCAUCUUUGGAUCUUUCCUGGAGAUGUGGAACAGUGUGAGCAAGCUGGCCAGAACAGGAUCCAACAAAAAGAGCCGCAAGCACUCCGGCCCCAGCUUGGCGUUGGCCUAUCUAGACCAACUCUUGAGGCCUCAAGAAGUCGCUCCACGCCUGACCCUUGCGUCAUUUUGGCACUCAAAUGAGGUUGUGCAACACGUAGACCGGGGUGACGUCAAAGGUUGGAUUGUAUUGGUUGGAGAUGCUGCAUGUGGAAAGCCCUUCUACCUUGGAAGCAACCUGAACGGUCACUUUCAGGAUGCUAUGACCUUACUGUCAGCGCCCUGGACACAGUGGCCCCACAAACAGGGUGGAGAAUCUCCAAUGCGCGAGGCUCCCUUUAAGCGUUAUCAGAGUGAGUACUGGAAGCGCAUCAGUGAAAGCCAAGGUUUCCGGCCGGCAAAAGCAUGA